CAAGACUACUCACACAGUUAGCUAGUAGUUUCAAAGAAGCACGCUAGAACACAGAGUGCUGAAUUGUUUUGAAGGUUUAUUUUGGAAUAUGGAUAAUAUUAAAGACGGCUGGUUCACUGAGACGUGCACGUUAUGGCCUGGCCAAGCGAUGAGUCUUCAGGUAGAAGAGAUUCUGUAUCAGAAAAAGUCCAAAUUUCAGGAUGUGAUGGUGUUUAAAAGUAAGACCUACGGUAACGUCCUGGUGUUGGAUGGAGUGAUCCAGUGCACAGAAAGAGACGAAUUUUCUUACCAAGAAAUGAUAGCCAACCUCCCGUUGUGCUGCCACCCUUGCCCUAAGAAGGUUCUGAUCAUCGGUGGAGGAGACGGCGGGGUGCUGCGGGAAGUUGUGAAGCAUCCGAUGGUCGAGUCUGUAGUUCAGUGUGAGAUCGAUGAGGAUGUCAUUAACGUUUCGAAAAAGCACCUCCCUGGAAUGGCGAAAGGAUUUUUUAGCCCCAAGUUGACUCUCAAUGUUGGAGAUGGUUUUGAGUUCAUGAAGAAGAAUCAGGAUGCUUUCGAUGUUAUCAUUACGGAUUCCUCAGACCCUGUCGGUCCAGCAGAAAGCCUGUUCAAAGAAUCAUACUACCAACUCAUGAAGACGGCGCUGCGUGAGGGGGGAAUUCUUUGCUGUCAAGGAGAGUGUCAGUGGCUUCACUUGGAGCUGAUCAAAGAAAUGCGCAUCUUCUGCAAGUCGCUCUUCCCCGUUGUAGACUACGCUUACUGCACCAUCCCCACAUAUCCCAGCGGCCAGAUCGGCUUCAUGCUCUGCAGUAAAAACUCGGAAACAAAUUUUCGUGAGCCGAUACGGGAGAUGACGAGGGACGAGAUUGAGAGCAUGGAGCUUAGAUAUUACAACCCUGAAAUUCACCGAGCUGCUUUUAUUCUACCUGAAUUUGCCAGAAAGGUCCUCAGCACAGUGUAACUGGAUUCUCGGCUGCCAUCUUGUCUUAACGCUGCUUUGUGAAAUCAGGGCGAAGCCGUCAGUGCAACAGGUGUGUGUGUGUGCGUGUGUGCGUGUGUGCGUGUGUGCGUGUGUGCGCGUGUGCGUGUGUGCGUGUGUGUGUGUGUGUGCGUGUGUGCGUGUGCGCGUGUGCGUGUGUGUGUGUGUGGUCGGUUGGUUGGUUGUGUCUACCGCCUCUCUUUCCUGGUCACAAAAAGGGAAUUUAUGUGCAUUUUGCACAGUUUUCACUUCAACCUCCUAAAAGACUUCCUGGUUUUUAUUUAUUUGCUUUUUUAGUUGCUUUCUCAUCCACAAUGUUCAGUUUCUUACACAACUGUACAACCAAGUGCCAGAACUUUCUCAUCAUACAUGGUUGCGUGUUAUACAUGACAUAGGAUACGACGGUCAUAACGAGGUCACUGCAAACAUCGUCUUAUUUUGUCUUACAUUCCACUACGGCUCUGUCCUGAGCUUUUCAUCUCUGUUUAUUUUUUAAUGGCGAUCAACCGGAAGAUGCAGCGUUCGAGUUCGGUGGCUGUCGAACCAUGAACAUCCUUUGUUAAAGAUUUUUAGAAAACUGACAGAUGGCAGAUUGAUGGCUACUCAAUCCAUAGUAACAAACGUUAACAAACUUAAAAAUACUAAGGCUAAUACAAAUUAACAUCAUGGACAAACGUUUCCAAGAAAAUAUGCAUCAUUAUGAUUAAUUAUGAACUGAGCGGUCAGUUAAACCUCAUCCUUAAUCCUUAAACGGUUUGGUCUAAGGAAGGUACCAUGUUUUAUUUCUCUCACUGCACAAACUGGAAUGUUGCAAGCAACUUGGAUAGAGAGAAAAUAUUUUGUAUUCAACUGAAUUAUGUGCUGUAUCAUUAUCAGUGUUGUGCUCAAAUUGUAUUUCGUGUGUAUCUUUGUUUGCUUUGGAUUGCAAAAAGAAUGUGAACUCUAGACUAAAACUCACAAAUCGUGAUCUUUUGUGCCGAUGUGAUACAUGCUUUUAGGUUCGUAACACUGUCCAACGAGGGGUUCAGCUAGAAUCACCCCAUCAAGUUAAAUCAUUAUGGUCAGUUUUUAAAUGUUCAUCGAUUAACAGUGUGUCUUUUAGGCCCUAUGGGUUUAGGCCAUCCUCAUGUAUGUUACUAUACCUGUUUUUUCCAUAAGCUUGUAUCUACGAAUUCAUGUUAAUUUUCCAAAAUCUGUAACAUGAUUUGAUAUAAUAAAAAUACACAACAAAUAAA